AUGUUUCUGCGAAGAAGUCGGCGCAACCUUCUCCCGGAAUUCCAAAGGAGGCCGUCAUCGAGACUAACAGGCAACCAUCGUACAGAUAAGGCUGCCGACUCACAAUGGACGCAAAUUCCGUCGUCUGUUAUUGGGACGCCUGAAUUCAAAAAGGGCAGCUUCGGACGUCUUGUUGACGACCCAAAGCCGCCGAGAAAUUAUCCAAAGUAUGAUGGCAAUAACCAUCCAGGAGCGAAAGUGAAACCAUAUCUGCCGCCUCCUAAAGGAAAACACAAUUCUCAAGGGAAUCCUCUCACAAAACAUGUUGACAGCAAAAACCCGAUAUCGCAAAAACAAAAGGAUGAUAGCAAUAAAGUAGGUCCAUCGAACGUAAAAUCAUCCUCAUCCUUUGGAGAUAAGCAUAAGUCUGGAUCAACUCCCACCCAAAGGAAUGUUGACGACAGGAAGCCGCAAAGUAACCAACUAGGAAACCACGGUGGAAGUAGGGUUGCUCCGUCGAACGUAAAAUCAUCCUCAUCCUUUGGAGAUAAGCAUAAGUCUGGAUCAACUCCCACCCAAAGGAAUGUUGGCGACGGGAAGCCGCAAAGUAACCAACUAGGAAACCACGGUGGAAGUAGGGUUGCUCCGUCGAACGUAAAAUCAUCCUCAUCCUUUGGAGAUAAGCAUAAGUCUGGAUCAACUCCCACCCAAAGGAAUGUUGGCGACGGGAAGGUGCCUACGCAUGUGCCAAACAAGAAAAAGGUUAGGUUUGAGGAACCUUCAAAACCAUCUGUAUCGUCUCCGAAUGAAAAUUCAGACUUUAGUAGCGGUCCUGUUCUGAAAGGUGUUGACGAUAGGAAACCACAAGCGCACCAGUCAAUCAACAAUGGCGGUAAUAAGGUUCCUCGAUCGAUCUUGAAGCGAUCUCCGUCAUCUGCUAUCGAUAAAAGGGAAACAGUUCCCUUCCGAGGCCCGCAGCUUGAUGAAGACAAGCAGACGCCAACGAAUAAGCCCAGCACUACCGGCGAAAACGUUGCAGCAGCGUCUAAUGGCAGGCCGUCGCCAUCAGAUCCAAAAGGGAAACGUAUAGUUGGGCGUUUCGAAGUCCAGCCUGCUCUCGACGACACACAGCUACCAACGAAUACAUCAAAGAGCUGUGGCAAGAAGGUAGGUGCUGCAAACGGCAAUCCGACCCCGUCGUCUCCAAAAGAGAAAGUGAUAACUAGCCCUUCCACCGUUCAGCCUGCUUUCGACGACACACAGCCGCCGACGAAUAGGUUAAAUAGCGAGGGUGGCAAGAGGAUGGGUGCCUCGAACACGAAACCACUGCCAUCACCUUCACCUACAAAAGUAAAGCCAGGGUUUACGAGCGAUUCUGUCCCAAAACAUCUUGACGAGGGGAGAUUCCCAGUGGGAAAACCAUGCAUUCCGGGUAACCAGAUCACCGCUCCAGGCACUACAUUACCUGCAGGAUAUUCCAAAGAGAUGUUUGAUUUCGAAUUUAUCCCCAUGGGAAACCUUCACGAUAAAGGGGAUCCGUAUUCAUCACCGCAUGAGGAGAGAAGAUUCCAGAUUUUUGACGUCCGAAAACUGAUUGAGGAUGACAAUAUACAAAAUCAAAACAUUAAAGUUGGUGGCAAGAAUGCGGUUACGAUCUUAAAUCCUUCGGCGCCAUCUCCUAAAGGUAGAGAUGAACUUCAAAAUAUUAUUCCAGUCAUACCUCUUACCGAUGCUCAUAUUCCACUCAGACCGGAUCAGGAAAAACCAACGGGUCAUUAUCUACUAGUGCCAAAGGUUGAGGACAACACGCAGAAUACGAACAUGGUGGGAAAUGUUAGAGGCUCAAAGGUUUCAGAUGCAGCCACACAAACAUCUCCAUCACUUCCCAAAAAGGAUGGGAAAAUCAUUCCUAUUGAUGUCAAAUCAUUCAUUGAAGACACUAAGGCUGCAACGAGCACUCUGGGUUUGUAUAGUGGUACAACGGUUUCAGAUGCAGCUACACAAACGCCGCUGUCAAAUUCAUAUGGGAAAGGAAAAAUAAAUCCCUCUAGGAUAGUACCUCCUGUUGAUGUUAUGAAGCCAGAAACCGGAAAGACAGGCGAUGAUGGCCAGAUUGCCGCCUCAAACCGCAAUCGGUCUCCUUCUUCACCAUUAGAUAACGCAGAGGUUAAGCGUUUCCCCCCUCAACCGCUUGUUGACGGUGCGCAGCCACAAGCUAAUACGGCAUACAAGAAAAUAGGCAGUUUUGAGGGGCUGGCAUCGAAAUCUCCAUUGUCUGGAGAGGAGCGGGAAAUUGAUAGUUUCCUUAUCCAAAAAAUCGACGAUGAUAAGAAGCUGUGCACGGAAGAGCCGGCCUAUGAAGAUAUGGUAGAUGCGUCCGACGUGAAGCCAUCUCCAUCGUCUGGAGUUAAGCCGAAGUCUGAACCCACUCCCGACGACCAGAAACCGCAAACGCAGCAACCAGUCAACCAUGGUGACACGAAGUCUGAACCCACUCCCGACGACCAGAAACCGCAAACGCAGCAACCAGUCAACCAUGGUGACACGAAGGCAGAUGCAUCCGACGUGAAGCCAUCUCCAUCGUCUGGAGUUAAGCCAAAGUCUGAACCCACUCCCGACGACCGGAAACCGCGACAGGAUAAGCCGAGCGAUGGUCGUAAGGCUACGCAAGCAAACAAGAAACCAUCGAUGUCACUAUCGAAAGCUGAAGGAAAAUGUGAGCCUUCAAAGGACGCAGAGAGUGUUGAAGGCGGGAAGGCGUCACCCCUUACACCGCAGGAACUUCGUCACUUCGUGAUUAGGGGAGUUCACCGACCUGUUGACGAAAAUGAGUCUCCGCUACCAUGCAGCAGCUGUGGCAAAAACGAAUGA